AUGUCUGGUUCGAGGAAAGAGCUCUGGCGUCGCUCGGAAAGUCCUACAGAAGUCUGGGAUGACACGGACAAGGAAUGGGAGUUCGAGAUCGUUGGCGAGGAGCUUGAUGAGGAUGGCAAGACAUCAAGAUACGAGGUUAGGUGGCUCAAUUGGCACAGAAGCGACGGCACCAACGUCACCUGGCCCGGGCAGAAGGAUCCGAUCCCAGUGAGAGCCACUAAGGCCUGGAAGCAGGAGCAAGCCACCCGAAUUCAGAAGAUGCUCGUCGACUCGCCUUCGUCUCUUGCAAUCAAGGUCCCAACGACCUUGGAUGGCCAUCUCAUGGAGACGGAUCUACGUUCUCAAGGGUACGAACAGAAACUUGCUAUUCGCCGCAUGGAGCCGAGUCAGGCUCCAAACAAGCUCGUGGAACAUAUGCAUGAACUUCUUAGUAAAAAACUACACCCGAUCACUCAGCAACCCCGACAGUCUCGAUUGCAGGCCUCACAAGCCAGGACAUCGACGUCUCAAGCCAGAAGCAGCACCGUGAGCUCGAAAGCCGGUUCAUCAAAGCAGCCUGCUUCACAGGAAAGGCGACUCAAGUUGGAAAAGGAAUGGACAGCUAUAGCACAUACAUCUCAUGCUGCACCAAUCGCUAUCGUAAACAUCAUUGACGAUGAAGAUGGGCCACCCUUGCCUCCCAACUUUCGAUAUGUUGAACAAGGCUACAUUUACCAUAAAGAUGUCGAAGAAAUUGAUCUCGAUGCUGUAAUGGUGGGCUGCGACUGUUAUGAGUGUAAUCAUGAAGAAGCCAGUGCCUGCGAUUGCCAAGCACCGUCCCGACUUCACAACAGAAAUGAGAAGAUCUUCGCCUACACACCCGAUGGUCUGUUCAACUUUCAGGUCCCAUCCGGCAUAGAGGUCAUUGAAUGUAACAAGAAAUGUGAAUGCAACCCCGAUUGUGUUAAUAGGGUCGCUCAACGACCAAGAAAAUUUGUCAUUGAAGUAUUCAAGACGUCGUUAGCUGGCUGGGGAGUACGCUCACAGAGCAACCUCAAGCGAGGUCAGGUAGUGGGUGUUUAUAGCGGUACUCGGGAGCAAGCAGAGGAGAUGCCGCUAAAGCAUCGCGGAUACUGCUUCGACUUGGAUGGAUACGAAGACCCUGAUGGAAAUGCCUCAGACUCGGAUCGCCAGUUCACUGUUGACUCUCGGCAACACGGCAACUGGACUCGAUUCAUAAACCCAAAUAUGGUCGUUUACAGCGUUGUCUACGACACUAUCCCAGAGUUCGGCAACCCGUACCUUGCGUUUGUUGCUUUGCAGGAUAUCCCUCACCGUACUGAACUGACCUUUGACUACGAUCCAAGUGCAGGCGAUCGUGCAAAGAAGGGCAAGGAUAAAAUGCCGCCCGGAGCCAGAAAAUGUCAUUGCGGUACGGAGAGCUGUAGAGGGUGGGUUCCCGUUUAG